GUGCUUAAAACAACUGACUAUGUGUUUAUUUUAUUCGCUCGAUCAAUUCAAGCAUAAGAUGGAGUGGUGCAAUAUCUAUCGUCGUGGUGGAGAUCAAGAAAAGGUUUAAAAAAGACCUGAUCACAGGAGAGAAAAGAAAAAAUGAUACCCAGGUAAGGGAAUGACAAAGAAUGGGAGAAAACAUGGUGGAAGUAUUGGUCAUGUACUUUUAAGCAUCCUCCACAUCAUCUGUUUUCUCCUUACGAGAGGGACCCAGAGCAGACCAACGGGUCUUAGUCUCGUAUUCGCUGGCAAGGUAGUAAAGACCGGCAGGAAUCACAAGUCCGAGAAUGCCUACAUUACGGAGAUUACGGCCGUUCCAGCGAAAGUACUUUGCGGUCGAUUCGCGCAUACGCACCCACUUCUCAAUAGCGGGAUCAGGAGUCAAGUAUCCACCCAUGGCUUUAAUAUAUGAUGUUGUGCUUGAAUGCAAAUGAAAUUGAAAAGUAAAA